AUGGCAGCACGGCUGCUCGCACCACCAGGCCCUGAUAGUUUUAAACCCUUCACUCCGGAGUCUCUGGCUAACAUUGAGAAACACAUUGCAGAGCUGAAGAAGAAGCAGCGUCCAAAGCAAGACAGCAGCCACCGGGACGACGAUGAAGACAGCAAACCAAAACCAAACAGUGACCUUGAGGCGGGGAAGAAUUUGCCUUUCAUCUACGGGGACAUCCCAAAAGGCCUGGUUGCUGUACCACUGGAGGACUUUGACCCUUAUUAUAUGACCCAGAAAGCCUGUGUAGUACUAAACAUAGGGAAAUCACUCUUCCGAGUUAGUGCCACACCUGCCUUGUACAUUUUAAGUCCUUUUAAUCUGUUUAGAAGAAUAGCUAUUAAAAUUUUGAUACAUUCAGUAUUUAGCAUGAUCAUUAUGUGCACUAUUUUGACCAACUGUGUAUUCAUGACUUUUAGUAACCCACCUGAAUGGUCGAAGAAUGUGGAGUACACGUUCACUGGGAUUUAUACGUUUGAAUCACUUGUGAAAAUCAUUGCAAGAGGGUUCUGUAUAGAUGGCUUCACUUUCCUGCGUGACCCCUGGAACUGGCUGGAUUUCAGCGUCAUCAUGAUGGCAUAUGUCACAGAGUUUGUGGACCUUGGGAAUGUCUCAGCAUUGAGAACUUUCAGAGUUCUCCGAGCUUUGAAAACUAUCUCUGUUAUUCCAGGCUUGAAGACCAUUGUGGGUGCCCUGAUUCAGUCUGUGAAGAAGCUGUCGGAUGUCAUGAUCUUGACAGUGUUUUGUCUGAGUGUCUUUGCCCUGAUUGGGUUGCAGCUGUUCAUGGGCAAUUUAAGGAACAAGUGUGUGAUAUGGCCAAUAAAUGUGAACGAGACCUUCCUGGAUAACGGCUCCAGGGGCUUUGACUGGGAGGAAUACACCAACAAUAUGUCAAAUUUUUACAUCAUUCCUGGUGCCCCUGAUCCUUUGCUCUGUGGUAACAGCUCGGAUGCAGGCCAAUGUCCAGAGGGUUACACGUGCAUGAAGGCAGGAAGGAACCCCAACUACGGUUACACAAGCUUUGACACCUUCAGCUGGGCUUUCCUGGCUUUAUUUCGCCUUAUGACUCAGGACUUUUGGGAAAACUUGUAUCAAUUAACCCUACGAGCAGCAGGGAAAACCUACAUGAUCUUUUUUGUCUUGGUGAUCUUUGUGGGAUCGUUCUACCUGGUUAAUCUCAUUUUGGCUGUAGUAGCUAUGGCUUAUGAAGAGCAGAACCAGGCCACGCUGGAGGAGGCAGAGCAGAAGGAGGCAGAAUUUAAAGCCAUGUUAGAACAACUGAAAAAGCAGCAGGAAGAAGCACAGGCUGCUGCUAUGGUCACUUCGGCAGGGACGGUCUCUGAAGAUGCUGUGGAAGAUGAUGGUGGGGGGAGGAUGUCCCGGAGCUCUUCAGAGAUUUCCAAACUCAGUUCCAAGAGUGCCAAGGAGCGUCGAAACAGGAGGAAAAAACGGAAGGACAAGGAGCUGUCAGAAGGAGAUGAGAAGUGUGACAAUGAGAAGGUGUUCAAGUCUGAAUCUGAGGAUGGCAUGAGGAGGAAAGCAUUCAGGAUACCCGACAACAGGCUAGGGAGGAAAUUCUCCAUCAUGAACCAGUCCCUCCUCAGCAUCCCAGGCUCCCCUUUCCUCUCCCGACACAACAGCAAGAGCAGCAUCUUCAGCUACAAGGGCCGGUUCCGUGACCCGGGCUCCGAGAACGAGUUUGCGGACGACGAGCACAGCACGGUGGAGGAGAGCGAGGGCAGGAGGGAUUCCCUCUUCAUCCCCAUCCGGGGCCGGCCGGCGGCCCCCCCUCCAGCAUGCCCGGGGGCCGCAUCCUGCCUGAGCUGUCUGUCCCAGCCCAGGCGACCCAGUCUGUACGGCGGCCCCCCCUCCAGCAUGCCCGGGGGCCGCAUCCUGCCUGAGGGUACUACUGAAAUAGAAAUUCGGAAGAAACCUGGUGGGUCCCUCUUGGUCUCCAUGGACCAGGUGAACGCGUCCUACGGGCGGAAGGAUCGAACCAACAGCGUGAUGACCGGCUUGACCAACACCCUUGUGGAGGAGCUGGAGGAGUCCCAGAGGAAGUGUCCCCCUUGCUGGUACAAAUUUGCCAACACGUUCUUGAUCUGGGAGUGCCACCCAUACUGGAUCAAGCUGAAGGAGAUAGUGAACUUGAUCGUCAUGGAUCCUUUUGUUGACUUGGCCAUCACCAUCUGCAUUGUGCUGAACACCUUGUUCAUGGCAAUGGAGCACCAUCCCAUGACCCCAGAGUUUGAACACGUGCUCUCUGUGGGAAAUCUGGUCUUCACUGGGAUUUUCACCGCAGAGAUGUUCCUAAAGCUCAUUGCCAUGGAUCCCUACUAUUAUUUCCAAGAAGGCUGGAACAUCUUUGAUGGAUUUAUUGUCUCCCUCAGUUUGAUGGAGCUGAGUCUGGCAGAUGUGGAAGGGCUUUCUGUGCUGCGAUCUUUCCGAUUGCUGAGAGUCUUCAAACUGGCCAAGUCCUGGCCCACUCUGAACAUGCUGAUUAAAAUCAUCGGUAACUCAGUGGGUGCUUUGGGGAACUUGACCUUGGUGCUAGCCAUCAUUGUGUUCAUCUUCGCUGUGGUGGGCAUGCAGCUCUUCGGCAAAAGCUACAAGGAGUGUGUCUGCAAGAUCAAUUCGGAGUGUGAGCUGCCCCGCUGGCACAUGCACGAUUUCUUCCACUCCUUCCUUAUUGUCUUCCGUGUGUUGUGUGGGGAAUGGAUUGAGACCAUGUGGGAUUGUAUGGAAGUAGCAGGACAGGCCAUGUGCUUGAUUGUCUUCAUGAUGGUCAUGGUCAUCGGAAAUUUAGUGGUGCUGAACCUGUUCUUAGCCUUGCUGCUGAGCUCCUUCAGCGCAGACAACUUGGCAGCAACAGAUGAUGAUGGGGAGAUGAACAACCUGCAGAUCUCCGUCAUCCGCAUCAAGAAGGGCAUUGCCUGGACCAAGGCCAAAGUGCGUGAGUUCAUGCAGACCCACUUCAAGCAGAGGGAGGCAGAUGAGGUCAAACCCUUGGAUGAACUGUAUGACAAGAAGGUGAACUGCAUCGCCAACCACACGGGGGCUGAUAUCAACAGGGACAUUGACUAUCAGAAGAACGGCAACGGCACGACGAGCGGCAUCGGGAGCAGCGUGGAGAAGUACAUCAUCGAUGAAGACCACAUGUCCUUCAUCAACAACCCCAACCUCACUGUCCGGGUGCCUAUUGCCGUGGGGGAGUCGGAUUUUGAAAACCUCAACACAGAAGAUUUCAGCAGCGAUACGGAUCCUGAUGGCAGCAAAGAGAAACUUGAUGAUACCAGCUCCUCUGAAGGUAGCACCAUUGAUAUAAAGCCUGAAGUGGAAGAAGUCCCCGUGGAGGCACCAGAGGAAUAUUUGGACCCAGAUGCAUGCUUCACAGAAGGUUGCGUGCAGCGCUGUAAAUGUUGUCAGGUCAAUAUUGAGGAAGGGCUGGGGAAGUCUUGGUGGACCUUGAGGAAGACUUGUUUUCUGAUUGUGGAGCAUAAUUGGUUUGAGACUUUCAUCAUCUUUAUGAUCCUACUGAGCAGUGGUGCCCUGGCUUUUGAGGAUAUUUACAUAGAACAGAGGAAAACCAUCCGGACCAUCCUGGAGUAUGCAGACAAGGUCUUCACUUACAUUUUCAUCCUGGAGAUGCUGCUGAAGUGGUGUGCUUAUGGAUUUGUCAAGUUCUUCACCAAUGCCUGGUGCUGGCUGGAUUUCCUCAUUGUGGCUGUCUCUUUAGUCAGCCUUAUAGCUAAUGCCCUGGGCUACUCGGAACUAGGUGCCAUAAAGUCCCUUAGGACACUAAGAGCUUUGAGGCCUUUAAGAGCGUUGUCCCGAUUUGAGGGGAUGAGGGUGGUUGUCAACGCCUUGGUUGGCGCUAUCCCUUCCAUUAUGAAUGUGUUGUUGGUCUGCCUUAUCUUCUGGCUGAUUUUCAGCAUUAUGGGGGUUAACCUGUUUGCCGGGAAAUAUCAUUACUGCUUUAAUGAAACCUCCGAGGAGCGCUUUGACAUAGAUGUUGUUAACAACAAGACAGACUGCGAGGCGCUGAUGCCGCCCAACUCCACCGAGAUCCGAUGGAAGAACGUGAAAAUUAACUUUGACAACGUUGGAGCAGGAUAUCUGGCACUUCUGCAAGUUGCUACUUUCAAGGGCUGGAUGGACAUCAUGUAUGCAGCAGUAGAUUCCAGAAAGCAAGAAGAGCAACCCAAGUAUGAGGACAACAUUUACAUGUACAUAUAUUUUGUUAUCUUCAUUAUCUUCGGCUCCUUUUUCACCCUGAAUUUGUUCAUUGGUGUCAUCAUUGACAACUUCAAUCAACAAAAGAAAAAGUUUGGAGGUCAAGAUAUUUUCAUGACAGAAGAACAAAAGAAGUACUACAAUGCCAUGAAAAAGCUGGGUUCAAAGAAGCCUCAAAAACCUAUUCCCCGACCUCUGAACCGAAUUCAAGGAGCUGUCUUUGACUUUGUCACUCAGCAAGCAUUCGACAUAGUCAUCAUGAUGCUCAUUUGCCUCAACAUGGUCACCAUGAUGGUGGAGACAGACACACAAAGCAAGCAGAUGGAGGACAUCCUUUACUGGAUCAACCUGGUGUUUGUCAUCUUCUUCACGUGUGAGUGUGUGCUGAAGAUGUUCGCCUUGCGGCACUAUUAUUUCACCAUCGGGUGGAACAUUUUUGACUUCGUGGUUGUGAUUCUGUCCAUCGUGGGAAUGUUCCUGGCUGAAAUCAUUGAGAAGUAUUUCGUGUCACCCACUCUCUUCCGAGUCAUCCGCCUGGCUCGCAUCGGCCGCAUCCUGCGGCUGAUCAAAGGAGCCAAAGGCAUCCGCACGCUGCUUUUUGCCUUAAUGAUGUCCUUGCCUGCCUUGUUCAACAUCGGCCUCCUGCUCUUCUUGGUCAUGUUCAUCUUCUCCAUCUUUGGCAUGUCCAACUUCGCCUACGUCAAGCACGAGGCUGGCAUUGAUGACAUGUUCAACUUCGAGACCUUUGGCAACAGCAUGAUCUGCUUGUUCCAGAUCACCACGUCGGCCGGGUGGGACGGUCUCCUGCUGCCCAUCCUGAACCGCCCUCCGGACUGCGACCUCGACAAGGAGCACCCCGGGAGUGGCUUUAAGGGGGAUUGUGGGAACCCUUCGGUGGGGAUAUUUUUCUUUGUGAGUUACAUCAUCAUCUCCUUCCUGAUCGUGGUCAACAUGUACAUUGCCAUCAUCCUGGAGAACUUCAGCGUGGCGACAGAGGAGAGCGCGGAUCCGCUGAGCGAGGACGACUUCGAGACCUUCUAUGAGAUCUGGGAGAAGUUUGACCCUGAUGCCACCCAGUUCAUCGAGUACAGCAAGCUCGCAGACUUUGCUGAUGCUUUGGAGCACCCUCUCCGCGUCCCAAAACCCAACACCAUCGAACUCAUCGCCAUGGACCUCCCUAUGGUAAGUGGAGACAGGAUCCACUGUUUAGACAUCCUCUUUGCCUUCACCAAACGUGUCCUGGGGGACAGUGGCGAGCUGGACAUCCUGAGACAACAGAUGGAGGAAAGAUUCGUGGCAUCCAACCCUUCCAAAGUGUCUUACGAGCCAAUCACCACGACGCUGCGGCGGAAGCAGGAGGAGGUUUCCGCGGUGGUCAUCCAGAGGGCUUACAGGGCUCGUUUAGCCAGAAGGGGCUUUAUCAGCCGAAGGCCUCUCUCCACAAAACUGGAAAACGGGGGAACCAACAGGGAGAAAAAAGAAGGCACCCCCUCGACGGCCUCCCUCCCGUCCUACGACAGCGUCACCAAACCCGAGAAGGAGAAGCAGCAACGGGCCGAGGAGGGGAGGCGAGAAAAAGCCAAAAGACCAAAAGACGUCAGGGAAUCCAAGUGUUGAGACAAAAAGGGUAGAAUUGUACAAAUUUAAAUUAUUUGCAAGCG